GAAAGUAAGCAAAUCAAAACAAAGAUGGAAAAACUUGGAACAUUCAACUCGAAUGGAAAACACACAUUUUAACAUGUUAUUUACGAAUUUAAGUGAUAUUAGGCAAACGAUAUUCUCACUUUAAAGGUGUGCGACUAAACAGGAGCAGAAAAUAAUUCGUAAAAUUAGUGAGAAAAUAGCGAAAGAGAGCGUUUCUCUGUUUGCUUUCUAAAUCAUUAGGUGACUUGGUGGGCAAAGUGCAGAUUAAACGCUCAGAAUCAGACGAAACCAAAACCCAAAGGUAUUAAAGGCCGCGAUGGCGGAGGAGGAAAGCGAAUUCCUGGAGGCCUAUGCUGGCAUCAGAACAGCCUACAAAGCGGCCAUGACUCAGGUGGACCUGGCCGUAAGUCACGAGGAGCAGGAAUCCCCCGGCCAGGCCAUUGUGGCCUAUGAGCUGGCCCUGCGUAUGAUAGAGGACACCUUCGGCAUUCCAGUAGGUCUUCCCAACAAGAUCGACACCGUGCAGGCGGAGUGGAACGACGCCUGUGCGCUGAUCCAAAAGCUCAAGAGCGCCGAAACGGAAUUGAGAUACCGCCUCAAAGUUCUGCGAUCCCAGAAACAAUCCAUUGAUGAUUCAGCCGUGGAGGCCACGGAGGAAAGUCGAGCAGAGAUGGAUACAAAAAGGCCGCCGUUGCUGGCGGAAAACCCCUCCACGCAAUAUGGCAUAGCCAAUGCUAGCGGAGCACCAAAAACCUACAGAGAGCUCGCUGCCGGCUUGCGGGAGCUCUUGGCUGUUCGGGACGCCAAAGUCUUGCUCGAUGAGCUCUUCCGUGCACAGGUCAAAAUGUACCGAAUCGAAGCCAGUGGAUCAGUAACCACCAUAAGCGGCUCGUCAACUAUGUCAUUGGUAAUGUGCACCGUGGGUGGCAAAUGGAAGUACCUCAGUGGCAUCUACUUCAUUCAGUGCUCCAUGCCAAAUGAGGGGACUGCAGGGAUUUGGCUUUACCCCCUGGUUCCCUCGAUCACAAACUGCUACCAAACAGAGUACGGAGCCUUUAUUUUUCCUGAUAUGGAGUGCCAGCAGCCGGGCAAUGCAUUUGGUUUGAUGCUAACGAAGGAGGGCCAGACAUCGCGCACGGAGGACGAACUGGAGGAUCUUCAGCAGUUCUUUCUUGACCUGUUGGAGGCCGUACUCGCUGGCACGGUAGUGCAGCUGAAAUCGCCGACCUCCCAACGUGCUGGCCUAGCUUCAGAUACCGUUUCCGGGUCGGAGCAGGUGUCCAGACACAUUGUAAGUGCGGCUGAUUUCAUUGCUAGUAACCUGGUACGGGGCGCCGAGAAGACAGGAGGCUUUAUGCUUAGGAGUACUCCGUAUAUCAUUUCCAAGAUGACGCCAGCCUCGAUGGAUGCUCAGGUGCCCAGCUCCGUCCAAACUUCAGUUGAGGUGGCCCAAAAAGUGACGCACGCCGCAGCCGGAAUGACAGGAUGGAUAGCUGGAAAGGUGGGCACUGCUUCAAUGGCAGUCGGCCGCUACCUGGCUCCCCACAUUCAGGAGCAAGGCUCUAAACUGCUGCAGAAGGGAUUUGGCUACGACACCAGCGAGGCUAAUAGCACCAUGGAGGGCGCCAUGACCAUCGCGGCAGGAGCCGUGGAAGGAGUGAGCACCGUAUUCGAUGGCCUCGAGACUUCCGCCAAGAUCCUAGGCUCCAGCCUCAGUGAAAACUCCGUCAAGAUAAUCGAACACAAAUAUGGCCAGCAGACGGGGAAUCUGGCUAGUGGCACCUUUGACACGGUGGGCAACGUUUUCGUGGUCAGUCAGAACGUGAACUACAUAACCCCGAAGGGCAUUGCCAAGAAAAUGGUCAAACGAACAGGAGAAGCUGUGGUCAGUGACUACAAGCGAGACUUACGCAAAUCGGAAUCUCAUUAUAUUAAUGCCGGAUCUCUUUAUCCGGAUCUUCGAGCUUUGAAGGAAUAGCGGGAAAACCAAAGGAAUUUAUCACAUGUUAUUAUUAUUAUUAUUAUUAUUAUUAUUAUUAUUAUUAUUAUUAUUAUUAUUAUUAUUAUUAUUAUUAUAUUGAAAUAUUUAUAUGCCAUUUAUAGCUUCUAAUUAAAAGAAAAAAUAUAAAUAAAUAUUAUGUUCAAUAACAC